GGGGCCGCGGGUCCACCCGUGGCUUGGCGUGGCUGCAGGGGGAAAAUGAGCCCGUGGGCCCUGGCUGUGUGGCUGCCUUUGCAUCUGCUGCUUCUCUGGCUCCCAGGCUGCUGUCUUCUGAGAGGCCCCAGCAGAGUCACGGGCACCGAGGGGGAAACCCUGAGCCUGCAGUGCUGGUAUGAGGAGAAAUACAAGACAUAUAGCAAAUACUGGUGCAAAAGAACCUCCAGGCUACCAAUAUGUGCAGAUACUGUGAAGACAAAAGGCUCAGACAGAGAAGCCAGCAGAGGCCAGGUGUCCAUCCAUGACCAUCCUGAGAACCUCACCUUCACUGUGACCUUGAAGAACUCCUCGCUGGAGGACACAGGCUCCUACUGGUGUGGGAUUCGUACACCCUGGCUUGAAGGAUGGGAUGACAUCUUUGUGGUUGAGGUGUCUGUGUUCCCAGGAACCACACCAGUAGGCAAGACCUCAAUAAUCACAACCAGAACUCCAGCAGUUCCAUCCACCAUCCCAGCCAAAGACCAUCCUACACAAGGACCAAGCAGCCAGGAGGACCACCACAAGGCCCAGGGCCCAGGGCUCCUCACACCGCUCUCCUUGUUGGUGCUCCUGCUGCUCCUGUUGGUGGGGGCCUCCCUGCUGGUCUGGAGGAUACUUCAGAGACGGGUCAAAGCUGGUGAACCUCCAGAGCUGUCGCAGAACCUCAGGCAGGCCGCCGAGCGCAGCGAGCCCCAGUACGCCAACCUGCAGCUGCACAGCUUGGGCGCGCGGGAAGGGCGGGCAGCCCCGCGGCAGGCGGAGGUGGAAUACAGCACCGUGGUACUCCCCACCAAGGGAGAAGAAGACCUUCACUAUAGCUCAGUGGUGUUUAACGCGCAGAAGCAGGAUUCGAAUGUGGGGAGGCCCCAGGAGGAAGCAGAGUACAGCGUCAUCCAGAAGCCCGGGAAAACCCCUAACCCUCCCCUACCACCCUCUUAGCUGCUCCCCUUCCUCCUGUCGUCUCUGGGUUCCUGGGGUCCCCCUAGGAGGCUCCUCCUGUGGGUCACUGAGGCUGGCUCUGCAGGGACAGCAGGAAGCCCUCCCUCCCUUCCUCCCUCCCUCCCUCCCUUCCUUCCUU